UGAUACUUGGUCCUAGAAUAUUAUUAAAUCUGUCUAAUCUGCAGGCUGUCAAAUUGUCAAUAUUUGUGUUCAUUUUAAUCCUUAAUUUAUCAACAUCUUAUUUUUAAAUAAUAUAUACUUUUAGAGUGCUAAUUUAGUUUACAACUAUAUAAAUACUAUUUGUACAUACUUAUUAAAUGUAGUAAAGAAAAAUGUCUAAAAUAUUUACACCAACUAAUCAAAUACGUUUAACCAACGUCGCAAUAGUUCGUUUAAAAAAGAGUGGAAAGAGGUUUGAAAUAGCCUGCUAUAGAAAUAAAGUGUUAUCAUGGAGAAAUAAAUUGGAACAGGAUAUUGAUGAAGUAUUACAAACACAUACAGUAUUUUCAAAUGUCUCCAAAGGCCAAGUAGCUAAAAAAGAAGAUUUAGUAAAAAUAUUUGGGAAAGAUGACUCAACAGAAAUAUGCAAAGAGAUAUUAGAGAAAGGGGAACUUCAGGUUUCAGAUAAGGAGAGACAUUCACAAAUUGAAUCCUUAAUGAAAGAUAUUGCUACAACGGUCGCUGACAAAUGCGUAAAUCCUGAAACAAAAAGACCUUAUCCUGUAUCAAUUAUAGAAAAAGCUAUGAAAGAUGUACAUUUUUCUGUCAAUGUGAAUAAAAGUGCUAAGCAACAGGCUUUAGAUGUAAUACAGCUUUUGAAAAAGGAAAUACCUCUGGAAAGAGCACAAAUGAGAGUAAGAAUUUUAUUGACUGGAAAAGAAGCAAGAAAAACAAAAGAUAAAGUUGUAAAAUUGGCUAUGAGUGUUGAAGAGGAGACUUGGGAUUCUGGAACAGCCAAUAUCAUUUGCUUAAUUGAUCCUGGGAAUUUUAGAACUUUGGAUGAAAUGAUUAGAACUGAAACAAAAGGAAGCGGACAGUUUGAGUUGUUAAAUUUAAAAGAAAUGGUAGAAGGAGAACAGACUUUAUAAGGACUGAACUACCAUCAUUUGUAACCUGAUUAUUUUCUGCCAAAGUAAAUGUUACAAUUGAAUAAAAUUUUAAUACUUUUAAUUUUCUUUAAAUACUAAUGUGUGAAUUUUUGUUCCUCAAACACAUCACACACACAUCCCAUAUGUUUAAGAAAUACUACAGUAUCUUAUAAAUAUUAUGUGUAUACUCAUUAGUACAUUAGACUAAUUUAGAAAAUUGUAAAUUACUAAUGUAUUUGCUAAGGUCUUAAGUGUUGAUUUUCUAUU